AUGUCGCCAGGCCGUUUGACGCACGAAGAAGAAUAUGACUUCAUCGUUUGCGGUGGAGGGACAUCAGGCUGCGUUGUUGCUGGCAGACUGGCUGAGAACACCAAUGCUCGAAUAUUGCUCGUUGAGGCAGGGCCUCACAAUAAAGAUCUUGAAAAUGUUCACAUGGUGGGAGGAUGGUCGAAAAACUUCGAUUCUGAGACCGACUGGAAUCUUGAGACAGAGCCAAUGGACGGUGUAGAUGGACGUCAGGUCAAACUCAGCAGAGGGAAGUUUUUGGGCGGCUCUUCAGGUGUGAACGGCACACUCUGCAUACGGGGAAGCAAGCAGGACUAUGACGAUUGGAACCUUCCUGGGUGGUCUGGGGACGAGUUCUUCUCGUAUAUGAGCAAGUCUGAAACGUUUAACAACAAACCAUGGUUCCAGGCAGACGAAAAGGCUCAUGGUUACGAAGGACCGCUUCACACUGAGCCUCAUGAUCUCGCUCCAAUCUCUCAAUUGAUGCUUGAGUCCAUGGAGUCUUCAGGUCUGCCCCUGGUACACGACAUGUUUACCAAUGGCGAAACACCACACGGUUGUGGACAUGUUCCGAGGACGCAUCAUAAAGGCAUCCGAACAACCGGCGCAGACUUCGUCACAAACGACCAUCAUAAAGCCAAUAUAGAUAUUGCGGUCGACACACUCGUCGAUAAAAUCAACUUCGAGGAGAAGGAUGGCCAACCGCAAGCAACAAGUGUAACCUUGGUUGGCAAAGAUGGUGAAAAGCAUGAUGUUAGAGCAACGAAAGAGAUUAUUUUGUCUUCAGGUGCUUACUGUUCGCCCGCUGUCUUGCUCCGAUCGGGAAUCGGUCCCAAAGCAGAACUCGAGCAGUUGGGCAUCAAGACCAUCGUCGAUUCACCAGGUGUUGGGAAAAAUCUCCUCGAUCAUCUCAUUGUUUUUGCAUUCUAUGAAGUCGGAAAGGACGGCCUCACCAAUGACCAUCUUGUUUACCAUGGCGAUGCCGCAAUGGCUGCCUACAUGCUUUAUAAAGAGAAAAAGACUGGUGUCUUAUCGACCUUCCCAUUUGGAGCAUUCGCCUUUGCAAGGCUCGAUGAUCGACUCAAAAAUGAACCGUUGUGGAAAGACGCGAAAACACAGCCAGGGCGUGAUCCGAUGGGCCUAACAAAGAAACAGCCGAACGUUGAGUUCUUCACCACUGAGUUGUAUGGAGGCCCGACGCAAUAUAACGAUUUCCCGAUCGACAAGAAACAGGCGUUCGCGAUGAUCACCGAAUUAUUCUCGCCUCGCUCAAAAGGAACUGUGACGUUGAAGUCCACAGAUCCAUCCGAAAACCCCAUUAUCGACUGCAACUAUCUCUCGGACCCUCUAGAUCUACUAGUUUUGAGUGAAGGCUGUCAGCUGGGGAACGAAAUCGUGUUGAAGGGUGCAGGAACCAGAGAUGUCAUAAAAGGCUCCUGGCCGCAAACUGCCAAUCAUCAUGCAUUCACUACUCGCGAGGACUGGAUCCCAUACGUGAAACAAAAUGCAACAACAUGCUAUCAUGCUGCGGGCACCUGCAAAAUGGGACCCGAGAGCGACAAAUUCGCAGUACUUGACGAGAGGCUCUGCGUUCGUGGAGUUGGAGGCCUAAGGGUCGCCGACUGCAGCAUAAUGCCAACCUUGCACGGUGGUCAUACUCAAAUGCCAGCAUAUGGCAUUGGCGAGAAGGCUGCCGACCUGAUCAAGGCAGCAUGGGCAAAGGGUUGA